GUGGUGUCAAACAUCUGUCGGAUCUGUCAACAGAGCCAACAGGCCCCGCCACCACGUAGACGGACCCACGCAUCUGCAACACUCCUUGUCCUGGUGUGGUAUGGAAACUCCAUUUCGCCGAUGCGCUAUUAGCCUCUCGAUCCUCUUCUGGGAUCAAGCUUCCCAGCUCAGCUCGUGACCCGCGGCUGCUCUACGGCACUGAUCCACGGUCUGCCGGCACUGGGACACUCAGUCCAACUUCUCCCGCUAUUGACCAGGACCUAGCGCCGUAUCGCGCAUGGUCCACAGGCCUAAAGAUAUUAAGCUAUUCGAUGACUUGCAGGCCGCCGAUGCGUGGCGUACUGUCACGGGUGACUCUAAACAAGCGCGGAGUUUUCAAAACGUGCUGUUCCUCUCCAACAAGCUUAUGGAAACGCGUCCUCCGCGGGCAUCGCGCGAUGUCGAAACUUUGUCGAGCACACCACUGAUGAGGUGGGAUCCUGAGCGUGUGCCUAUAUGCCGCGGUGCCGUUACGCUUUUUGAGGCGGUCGCGGUCACGAUCCGAUGGCGAUGUUACGGCUGCCCAACCGCUGACCUUCAUUAACGCGAGAGCACUUUCCAGAUACAUCUACACAUCUCCCGAUGCUCCCAAGGCGCUACUAUUACAUGUGCCGUUCUGAGACGCAUCAGAGUCUGUCAAGUGGUCGUGUUCUAGGAACUCCUGGAGACUGAUACAUGCGCGCAACGCUCAACCACAGCAUUUUGACAUUCGGGUGGGCAAACGGAUCACUGGCCCUGACAGUGGUAUAUGCAUUUUCACUGUAUUCACCAUCCGGACGCCUCGAUCAUUUAGCAGCGCCGAC